AUGGUGUAUACGAUAACUCAAGUGAAUUGUCAAGAAAAAAAUAAAAUACAACCCAAAUAUUGCGUCUGGAAAGAACUCUUGUUGGCGUUUAUAUUCAACGUCCCGUUCUUCACACACGGCGUGGAAUCCACACACCUGACGACAUCAAUUCACUCAGGGCAUUUCAUAAGCUCAAAAAAUGUUCCUUGGGCGACUACGGCUAUGGUGGUAUCCGCUGCAGUGGCAGGGCCAAUAUUCUGUUACGUGAUAGACAGAUUUGGACGAAAGACGGGAAUUUUUACGAUUAGUAUGUUGCAAGCGGCGACAUUGAUACCACAUUUUCUCUUGAAUCAGAAAAACAUAUUUACUGUAGAAAUUGUCCUGCAUAUAUUAGCUGGAAUCACUUCGGGUGGUCUGUUUACAAUAUUACCAAUAUACGUCAGAGAAAUAACACUAUUGAGAGGUUUGUGUGUGUGUGUGAUGAUUGUGAUGACAACAGCGGGUUACGCGAUGAAGCUAGUGAUGACAUUGGAAGAAAGACUGUAUUUGAUGGUGGGGUUAGUUGCUGUGCAGCUAUUUUCAAUAAUGCUCAUGGUGGAGAGCCCUAGUUACAUGGUGAUGAAGAAGAAUUACGAAAAUGCGAGAAGAAAUCUAUCAAAGCUCCGGUUAUUGCCAGAGGAUUGUGAUGCUAUAACAAAAGAAAUAUCAAAUCUCAAAGAUGAAAGUGAAAGGGCGAAAUCAAAUGGAAAACUUUCUGUUUAUACCGUAUAUCGUACCAAAGUUUGGCUAGAUGCUAUAAAAAUGGGCUUUGUCUUAUACACUGUGAACGUCCUUUGCGGAAGUCUAUUGUUCUUGGAUGAACAUAAAACGCUGAUUCAGUUGCCAUUAACUAAAGAUCCUGAGAGCAAGUUGGUGCUGGCUUGUUUACUGGGAGGAAGUGUGUCGUGUCUGAUCUGCGUUGCUUUUCUGGAUAAAAAGUAUAUUCUGAUGAUAGGCUACUCCAUCAUCACCGUCGCCUCCGGAGUCCUUGCGGUAUACACACAAGUAGAUCUACCAGUGACCACGCUUUCAAUAAUACCUGUAGUGUCUUUAGGUAUACUAGUCUUUGGAUAUGGUAUAGCUUGGGGACUACCCACUGUGCUCAUGGUGGAGAUAUUUAAUAUGGAGAUUCGAGCAACAUUUAUUGGCAUUAUCUAUGCUUAUUCGCAAAUAAUAAAAUUGGCUCACGUACACACGUUCAAAUACUUGGAAUACUACAUAGGAGUGUAUACUAUGUUCUACAUAUUUGCCGGCGUUAACUUGUAUGGUGUGGUGUACGUGUUGUUUGUUGUACCAAAAACGAGGAAUAUGAGUAAUAGAAAAAUUGAGAAACAGUUGAGAAGACCAUCUUUAUGUUGA